AUGGAUCGAACCAAUAUCUCAAAUGCUAUUUCCGACAAUAUGCCUCAAGAUCUCGGUUUCGGUAUCAGUGGGGUCAACAUGGGCACUUUGGUGCAUUCUAUUAUGUUUACCGUCUUUGCUUUACCAACCAAUGCUAUUGUGAGACGCGUUGGAGCGCACUUGUGGAUUCCUAUUCUAAUGACUUCCUGGGCUAUCACGACGUGGGCAGUUAUUUUCCUUAAGGAUUUUGCAGGGUACAUGGUCAUUCGCGUCUUUAUUGCAUUGACCGAAGCUGGAUUUAUUCCUGCCGUCUUAACCUACAUGACGGGAUGGUACAAAACUAACGAGUUGGCGACCCGAUUGGCUUGGCUUUGGGGUAUCCAGAACUUUGCGUCGGCGGUUUCCGGUUUGAUCUCCUUUGGUAUCUUUCGCAUGUCCGGUAUUGGUGGGCUUCAGGGCUGGAAGUGGCUGUUUCUAAUUGAUGGCGCUUUUACCCAUGUGAUUGGCUUUAUCGCUUUUGCCUACUUGCCUCGCACACCAUCACAUACCAAUAUUCUGUUAUUUGGCAGAAGAGCUUGGCUCUCGGAACGCGAGCGACAGAUUGCAACCACUCGUAUCAUUCGCGACGACUUGUCCAAGAAGGAGCAGUAUGAACGUAUUACUUGGGCCGACGUGAAAAUGACCGUCCUGGAUACAAAGUUAUGGGCGCAUCUCCUUAUGACCACGUCUGGACUUAUGCCGAUUGUGCCUGUUACCACUUAUUUGCCAACCUUGAUUCGAAACUUUGGAUUUCCAGUUACGACGAGUAACCUGCUGACGGCUCCCUCUUACAUUAUUAAUCUUAUUGUGUCGUGCAUUAUUGCCAGGAGUGCUGACAAACAUGGAAACUACGUUUUUCACAUCAUUUUUGGUUGCGUGUGGUCGAUUGCCGGUUUCCUUGCAUUGCAACUGUUACCGGAUAACGCUGGUCGUUGGAGCUUCUACGCUGCGGCUCUGGUCACUGCCGGGUCGCCUUCGUGGCACGGUUUGCAAAUCGCUUGGAUGUCAUCCAACAUGGCUCCUGUCGCAAAACGUACACUUGCACUCGGAAUCAUUGUCGCGGCAGCCAAUGUCUCUGGUGUACCAGGUUCUCAAAUUUAUCAGGACCACGAUGCUCCGAGAUUUCAUACGGGAAAUUGGAUCAAUAUUGGCCUUAUUGCAACGGCAAUUAUUUUGAUGCUGUUCCAGCGCACACGUUACGACUUGACGAACCGAUGGCGUUCACGCAAAUGGGAUCAAAUGACCGAGUUUGAGAGGCAAGAUUAUUUAGCCACCACCAAAGAUAAAGGAAAUGAUCGUCUCGAUUUCCGCUUCCGAUUGUAA